UUCUGUGAUGUAAAAGAUUCAUAAUGUAGCUAAUCUAAUGAUUUCUCAUUAUAAGUAUGACCAUUCAUAAUUUGCAAUAUUAUUUGGAGACCAAUGUUCCUGGUGCUUGUGUUCCUGUUGAUUUGUUGAGAAUUGCUCAAAGUGCUGUUUACAGCCAUGCAAAUGAAUAUGGAUCAGUUGGCAAGAGAACACCUCACCAACGGCCUCCAAGUGGUCAGUGGUCUGGCAGGAGACGACUGGGCAUUGGAAGUGGCAGAAGAGGUGGCAACAUCGAUUUAUCUCGAGGCUUGAGAGACUAUCAUCACAACUCGUUUCCUGGCCCUAGUUACCCAUCUGGUCCCUGUGCAAAUUUUCAGCCCAAAAGAAGAAGUAGGUUCUUUUACCAUCAUGAUAGACCUGGUCGAGGCAAACCUGCUCACUGGGAGUCAUUUCCUGCUGAGGGGGCAUUCUCAGAUCCUGGGAUGCCCUGUCAUGGUGGUUGGAACAGAAACCAACGGCCAUUCUCUGCUUGGGGAUCUCUUGAAGAAAAACCUUUUCCUCCCUGUCCAGAUUCAAGAAGACAAGGCCCUCAUUCUUAUCCUUUUUCCCAUUCUUCAGAAUCUCAACAUCUAGCUGCUCACCAACCUUGGAGACAUCUUCAUCAUCCACUAACACAUGGGAGCUUUGUGCCAAACCAAAGGGAUGUUGCUUCGAAUGCAGAAUUUUAUCCACAUGAAAUGUCUUCAGGUGAUAUUGAUCAUUAUAUGCCUACAUAUCACCAAACACCUGGUGCCCCAUGGAAUAAUUUUCCUGCUCAGCCAUCUGAUGAUUGGGAAGAGCAUUCUGACAGAAGCAGAAGCUUUGAUUCUGCAAGCACUGGAGAUAAUGAUUCCAGCCAGUGGUUUGGAGAUGUUUGCUCUGAACUUCCAAGACCAGGGCAAUCUGACUCUGAACAGCUUGGUUACUGUAGAGAAGGAAUGCCUGCUGCUGCAGCUGAAGAAUGUUUCUCUCUAGUAUUGGAUGCAGAUGGAUGCAUGGACCGGCUCUAUGGUGGAUACUACUCAGAUUGGGUAUGCGGUGGACAAUGGGGGCGAAUGCUAGAAUUUUUGACAACAUUUUUCUCAAGCACCCGAAGCCAUGAUCUCCAUGUGAGCGUGCACUUCAAUGGUGCGUUGGAGCCUCAAAGGAUGAGACAGUGGGUUGAAGCAAUGCAGGAGAGGAGAACCAACAUCAAUUCGGUGCUGCGUCAUGUCAGCGUGCAGGGCUCACCUCCGCCUAAGGUGUGGUGGGUGCCACCUACGGGCCUGCAGACGGCACUCAGACUUGCUCUCCGCUACCUCAAUGUCAACAUGAUGGUAAGCAUGGAUGAUCACCACCAAGAAGUGAUUGGUUUCUGCCGUGAGAACUGCUACGAUGGCGUGCUGGGUGCUGAUGCUGAGUACAUUGCAUUUGACCCUCCACGGUACUUCUCUUCUCAGCACCUCAAACUUACCUAUAAGGGCACCUUGGAAACCGUGGAGUUUUUGACGGCGGAGGUGUGCCGCAGCCUGAACAUCCCACGGCCACGUCUCUGCCUCCUGACCGCUCUCCUGCCUAACUUCCUCCUGUCGGAGCAGGACUUCUUCCAGUUCCACAACUCACUGCUGGACGGCGCUGCAAGGGCUGCAGUUCCAGCUAAUCCAGGAGUGAGUAUGCGUGGUGGCGGUGACCUGGUACAGCUGCUGUGCUUCUUCAUCAGCACGCGCUGCUCUGCUCCUCUCACCGACCCUAACUUGCCCGCCCUUGCUGCUGCUGUGUUUGGGCACGCUAAAGAUCCCCGGUGUGGAAAGCUCUGUGCUGCAGUUCAGUAUUUCCUCAACGGCACUCAGGAAGGCUUCCUCAGGUACCAGCAUUCCAGUUCACGGGUUACUUCAGGGACUUGUGACGCUUUGGUUACUUCCUUACCCUCUGACGACCUCUCAGUGAAUGCUGCUGGUGGUAGUGCUGGUGGAAAAUUAUCAACUGACUCCAUCGGUAAUAAAUUUCUCUCAGCCUCAGUGCCCGCGUUGACAAUUAGUGAGAGUUUGCAUCCUGAUGAUAACGGAACCAUGGGAACUGUAACAUCUUCGUCAUCUGUUCCUACUUCGUCUACUGUACUCUCUCGCCCUUCACCUGUAUAUGUGACCUCCGACACCUCUGGGACUCCGUCGCAAACACCUGGUGUUCCUUUUCUAUCAUCUGUCUCUCCAAAACAGCGUACGCGUCGGCAUAAUUCUGUCCCUCUUUUGCGCAACAUCCCCAUCAUAUGCGAAACUGUGGAAGAAGAAUUAUUUGAGGCUCAAGACAACCCAGCUACUACCACGUACAGCCGGAACAGUGCAGCGGCUAGGCGACAUCAAAGCAUUCCUGAGGUUAUCUUCACGGAUGAAAAUUCAAGCGCUGUAACUGAAACAAGUUCAGAAUUUGGAACAGAUCCCGCCGUCAUAAACAAAAGUUUGAAUGCUUUUGGCAAAAGACUUACGUGUCCCCUAAUUGAAGUUCCUAAUGAUAAUAUUAACAACAAAACUGAAACAGCAGUCAUAGAAAAUGAGGAUCUCGGUGCAAUGCAGGUUCCUCAAAUCGUUAUAGAAAUCAGUAUCUCGGAACAGCCAGAAGAAAACUCCAAUGAAAGUAACAGCGAUGCAGAGGAACAGAGAAUUUUAGAGAUCCCUUCAAUCGACGUCACGGCGGCCAAUGAUGACACAGACGUUGAAGAAGAUUUAGAGGAACUAGAGGCCGAAACUUGUCCUCCGGAUGAACUGAUAGAGGCUGAAGGUACUCCCAGGGCCUCGGCUUAUGGCGUUAAGGAACCUGGUGCAGGUAAAGCUGCGUCUGAGUUACAGAUAACCCAAGAGAAACGCUCGUCUCGGUGCGACAAAUGCGGAAAUAAAUAUUUCAGCACACCUGACAGAGGAGCGAGUCCUAACGGCAGUAAUGGAUCUCAGUCGUCUGAAGAACUGGAAGAGACUCCCUUCAUCAACCCAGAUAAGCCAGAGCAUGAAGGCUCUCCAUACUUGCGUGGCAUCUCGUUAACCACAAGUAACUCCGAUUCUCCUGCUCCAUGUCGUGAAGUGGCAAAGAUCUCAGAUGCCUCGAAAUCGGCCAGUCAGGUUUGCAAAGGCAGUGCCGUCACUCGCAGAAAACGUGCCAAUUACCGAGAAAAACGUGCCAAGUCUUUCUGUACGUGUUCAGAUAGUCCUGUGGCUGCAGAAGAAAACUUGUCUGCCACUGACAUAUUCGUUGCUACUUCACAAAAGAACUCCGUUCGUCGCCGUAAAAUGGGUCAGGUUCAAGACACUGAGAAGAAAACUAUACAUGAUGAACAUGAAACCAAGACAUUGGAGACAGGACUAGACAAGCGACACACGCUGGAGCGAGCUCAGUCUUCAUCAGCGAUGGCUGAUGAGAGACUCGCGCGCAAUGUUCGCACUCAGUCCAUACCUUGCAUCACGACGACGCCUUUUGACGGCGACACGUACGCGUCUGCCGCCCCAGAUCAACAAGACCAACCGUGUGACGAGGCUGCAGUGUCCAUGUCACCUUCACCUCAGAGCCCCGUGUGCACGUCUCCAAGUGGCAAGCUAUCAAUUCCUUCCUGUGCUUUGUCCCGCAAAGCCAGCGACGAGAGCUCUUUUGGUUUGUCCUCCCGCCGUACGAGCGGCUCAAGCUCCGCUGGCCCUGAACUCCUAGGACUGCACAUGGGCGCUACUGACGAUGCUACGACGUGCAGCAAUUACAGUGAGGCGUCAUCACGACGUACCAGCAGCGCCAGCGUCGUUGCCGACCUCUCCAUGUGCUCGCCAAAUUCCGCUUUCCCGCCUGAGCAUCAGGGAUUUGGCGCUUACUGCGACGGCUGCUCCAUGGGCAGCAGUCCUAACGCCUCGCGCAGGGUCAGCGGCGCGAGCGUCGGCGAAGGCGGCAGCUGUCUGUCGACUGCGUCUGGGUCGCCUGGCGCGUCCUUGUUGCUGUCGUCGUCUUCUUCAUCGAGCAACUCGUCGGCUGCCUCCCCCUACCGCCUCACCCCCGACGUCUGCUGGCUGGGUCACCACUACCGAUCUGCCUCACCCGACAGUGGAACAUCUGACACGAGCGACACCAUUGGCGGGGUUGUGUCCAGAAGCAACCGCCGGGCUUCCUCUUCUUUCUCCCCAUCCCCCACCUCCCCCAGCCCUCCCUCUCCCCUCCACCGCCGUCUCUCCCCCACCCUAACACUCACCCCAUCCCCUGCCUCCGAGGUAUCCUUGUCUGCUAACUCUGCUUCAGGUGCCAGCAAAACUUGCACUGCGUCCACGACAGUGAUGUCCAAUGCACUCGCCUCCAACACUGUGAGUAGAGCAAUCAGAGCUCGAGCUUCAUCCUUGCCCUGCGAUCUACUUCCCAAGUUGCCUGAAGAAGCCUUGGAGAGAGACGCCAAUUGGAGCACGAAUUCCACGGAUAAUUUCCUUGAUUGCGGAAGUCUUGGAGCUGCGGUGUUGCCGCAGGUUGCACCGGAGAUUCUCAGGACGGCAUCUGAGAGACACCAAAAAGGGCUCAUGCACCCGUGGAUAUAUCAGCUUCUUACGCAGGGAGAAAUAAAACUGCCGCCAUAUCUCGAAGACGAAGUAGAGCCAUCAUACGCCACAUUUGCAGACUUUUUCCGGCCUCUCCGACAACAUGUGUAUGCAAUCCUAUUCAACUUGCACCAUCUAACCUUCACUCAGACAAAAAAACUUCUCACCGAUGAGAAUUCAGAAAAGGAUCCGGAGCAAACUGAAGAAGUUCACCAGAGACGAAAUGCCAAAGUAUCUUUCAACCCCAACACCGUAGUGAUCUCAGGUGUUGACUGUGAUACGGUUGCUGAGGAGACCACAGAUUCUACAGAAGGCGACGAUGCAGGCGACAUGGCAGCCGAACGAGAUCCUCCUGAGCAUCUUGACGCCACACCAGGCAACGUGGAGCCUGGAGUAGAAAUGGUUGCCCUCGAUGCGGACUCGCCUACUUUCAAAGUGGAUUCGCCGAGCGCGAGUUCGGAUGCCACGUCUGUAGUUGGAGAUUCUUCUGAGAAAAAAGACUCUGCUCUUACGUCUGCUUCCGAUUUAGAAGCUGUUUCGCCAUUAUCAGCUUCAGAAACGGAGCAUGAAAAUGCUAAUCUUUCGAAGUCCCUUUCAUGUCUCAGCAUUACUUCGGAACAACAGAGUUCGGAAAUUGGUCUGGCUGUUUCUUGUUCAACUGAGAGUGUCACUGCAUCUAAAGUUACUGUUGCUGCAUCUGGCUUGCCGCAUACAUUUCCGGCACCCUCCAAACCAAGCGAGGUUCAACAAGGGAUCACACAGUUGAAGUCCGCUAGCUCUCCUGCUACAAAUAUGCCAAUGGUUGUUAUCCGAGAAUGGGUAUACAGUCCUCUCAAUGUUUAUGAAACACCUGUGAGUGUACCAGCAAUACCACUGGCGUGGCCAGUGCCCACUGUUAACAGGCUUUGGUUCGGGUGCAGCAAAGAUGACAGCAAACGCCGUCUGCGUGCUUUCCUCUCCUGUCUGCGCUCUGAUGCUCCUCUAAUGCUGCAGCCGUGCUGCGUGCCGCCUAGGCUACGACUUCUCGCUGCCGUUCUCAGAUAUCUGAUAAGCGGCAGCGAAGGCUGCGUUCUCACGCGCCAAGAGCUGGACGCGUUCCUGGUGACAGCGUUCUCGAGCGUGCUGCCCCGGGCAGGCUUCCUGCAAGAGCUGCAGCUGCCGACACUCAGCAGCCGCGGGGUGCAGGUCGCCGGCCUCGUCAUGGCAGGCGUCGAAGUCGCUAUUUUCGCUAACGACGCGUGUGGGGGGCCCGUCGCGUGGUGGCUCGUCGCCCCCUGGGCCUUCUUCGACGGCAAGCUUUUCCACUACACGCUCCUUAGAGCUCAUUCCUCGCCUUCGCUUCUAGAGCUUUGCGACAACGACCUAGAGUUGGUGGCCAAUGUGGAGAGCUGUCGACGCGCCAUUCUUGAAAAUUUAAAUAUCAGUUUCGCUAAAGUCCGUCCACACGACUUCCCGCAUCCCCUCCACCCUCUCCACCCACCCCUUAACAGCAGCUCGGGCACUGCUUCCAGACAGCAACAAGGGCAGCAUCAGCAACAACAACAG